UCUGGCCGAGAGUAAUAUAUGUUAUCUUAUUUAAAUAAAUAUUUAUCAUGUCAUAGAUAGGAUACUAUAUAAAUUGGCAAAUGUAAAAUAUUAAUUGAUUUGUUUAGUGAGUGUAUAAGAACUAAGAAAUAUGGCUAAAGAAGAGGUGCUCCUCUACGCCUACAAAUUAUUAGACGAAGCAACGCCGCUAAAGGCCUGGCAUUUGAGUGUUUUCGUGUUUGAUCUUGAAUUUUCUUACAAUGGAAAUGAUGGUGUAACUUAUGAUGAACCUAUAAAUAAUCAUGUGCACAAAACCAUAAAUAUGGGUUUUACCAAUAAAACUAAGAAAGAAUUUAUCAGUCAUGUUGAAAAAGAAUUGAAAAACGAAUUUACAAACUUGAACUAUCAUGUAUUGAGAAAAAACUGUCAACAUUUUGCCCAAAGAGUGCUGAAUUUCCUAGAAAUAGAAGAACCAAUUCCUAUAGAGUAUACCGUGCUUCUCGAAGCAGCGAAUGUCGUAGGUACAUUUUUUGAUAAUCUCGUUUAAAUGUUAAUCCUUUUCCUCUUAUGAAGAUCCUAUUUGUGAAAUAAUACUUAUAAGCGAUUCAAAAAUAUUACUAGUGAACCAGUUUGAUGGGUAAAUCUGCCAGUUUCUCACUUUUUAUUUUCAUAUUUUUUCUUUGUAAUGAUAAUUAUAUGCUUUACUUAAUUUUGACACAUUAUGUAUUUUUGUAUUUCCAAAUAAUGUAAAAAAUACUCCAAAAUGAAUAAUUUAAAAAAAAUAAAAAAUACACGUAAUUUAUUAAUCCAUAUACUUUUGAGAAGUAUGUAUUUAUUAUUUCACUAAGUCUAAUCGUAAUUAUUUACAUUUUUGUUUUAUUUAUUACUAUUAUCAUUAUUAUGUCACGCAUAUUAUUU